UCUAUACGAAUUAUUUCUCAAUUUAAUUUCUAUGAGAAAAUUUAUUUAAUGAAUUGUAUUUGAUAAAAAUUUUUGAAUCUGUGAAUUAUGGCUAAGCCUUUUAACUGUAACGGUUCUGAUAGCUCUCGGUUUUCUCACCUGUUUAUAUUUGUUUCUAUCUUACUCAUUGCUCCCUUCACUCUCAACUCUACUUGACUCACAUUAGUUCACACAUUGUCACCAUCAUCACAAUCAUUUCUAUCUCUUAUUUGAUUCAUUUAUUCUGUUCACAUCUGUUUAUGUUCAAUUGUAAAUUAAUUUGGCCCACUGUCAUUUAAUGAUUGGUAACAACUAAACAACAAUGGCCUCAGCCAAGACCAGAGAAGCUCAAGAAUGUAUUGAUCGAGCUGAGAAAAGUUUGAAGACAUCAUUAUUCAAAUGGAAACCUGAUUUUGAUAUUGCUGCUAACGAAUACCAGAAAGCAGCUACUGCAUACAAAGCUGGCAAAGAAUAUGAAAAGGCACUCGACUGUUGUAUAAAAGCUGCAGAUUAUUUCCAGCAAAAUCGCCAAUAUUUUUCAGCAGCCAAAUCUUUUGAACAAGCAGCAUUGAUUGCUGGUAAAGAUAUGCAAAAAUGGUCAGAUGCUAUUAACCUUAUUGAAAAGGCUUGCAAACUAUUCCAAGAACAUGGAGUUCCCGAUACUUGUGCAUUGGUCUAUGAAAGAGGGGCUAAAAUGGUGGAGCAAGUGGACCCAGAAAAGGCUGCACAUCUCUAUGCUCUAGCAGCUGAAGUUACUUUGAUUGAAUCAAAGAAUUUCCAAGCCGCAGAUUAUGCUGCAAAGGCAGCUCGUGUUUACGCAAAAAUACAAAAGUAUGAUGAUGCAUUGAAAAUGCUUGAAAAACAAAUGAUGUUUCUUCGUGAAAUUGAAGAUGAAAGAGCCUGUGGACGACUUGUGGUUCAUCUUGUUCUUAUGCAGUUAAUUCGAGAUGACAUCGUGGCCGCUACUAAAGCUUUCGGCGAUUAUGCUGUUUUUGUUGAACAAGAAGAAAAAAAUACUCUCAACCAACUUCUUUAUGGUUUCGAUAAUAUGGAUUCCAGAGAAAUCAUUACAGCUUUGAAUCAUCCUUUCAUCAAAAGUCUCGAUAUUGAAUUUGCUAAAAUCGCUAGAACUUUACAGCGAAAACAUGAAGCAAUCCUUGGAAGGUCGGAAAAUAAAAAUGAUGCCGAAGCUGGGGAACAAUCGGCAGUUGAUGAUGAAGCUGGUCUUUUACUUUAAUUCCUUACUGAUUGUGUUUAAUGUAUAGAAAUUAUAUCGAAAUCGAAGGAGGAAAAAUGGUUGAAUUUCCCUUGAGUGCUUUUGGAAACAAUUACUGCGUGUCUCGUUUAAGCUCAGUCCAGUUGUUGAUCAUUGAUUUACAAUUAUAUGCACAAUUUGUAAAUCAUAUCUUUUAUCGAUUUUGUUUCAAUCUCUUUUCUGCAAUGCUAUUUCAAUCAAACAAGCCAUUGCAAUAUCAGUCAUCAAUAAUAUGCUAAAAAAAUUAUCUUAAGCAUUCAUCUCAAUGCAGUAUUAAAUUAUCAGUAAAAAAUGUUUGCUGAAUUUUAGCAGGAAUAAAAUUAAAAAUUAAUACGAAAAAGGUUAUAUUAACGAAAACGAUUUCUUUUUUUAAGUGACAUAAUUUAAUAUUAUAAACUGCUAUAGCAAAGAAUAAAAGUUAUCAACAAAAUGAUUUGAUUCAAACAAAAA